AUUAUUAUUGCCAAUUGUUUUUCUUUAUUUCUAAUUGAUUAAAUUUUCUAUUAUGAUUUUUGCUAAAUCUCAGUGAUCACCUUUAAUUGGAAUUAAUUUGUUUUCUUCUCUGUCAUUUAAAUUAAUAUCUAAUUUUGUUUCUCUCUGUUUUGUUACCUUUAUUUUUUUCUUCUCUUUCUCUUCUUCCCUGAUCUCUCUUUCUUUUUCUAGAGCUUGUUUCUUUUUUCCCUAUUUCUUGCUUCCCUUUUUUCUUUCUCUCUCUCUUCUUCAUCAUCUUACUCUUGUGUCUCUUUUUUUUCUAUCUUCUUUCCUCUCUCUCCCCCUUCUCUCUUUCUUUCUCUUUCUCUCUGUCUCUCUUGUUCUCUACAGUUCUCUGUCUGUUUUUGUUUCUUUCAGUGCUGGUUUUCUUUCUUUCUGCCUUUCUUUUUCACUCUCUCUCUCUCUCUUCACUAUUGCUAAAUUAUUAUUUAUUUAUUUUUGAGCGUUUUGUGCUUUUUUUUGGUGAUACGGGAAUAGAGAUUACCUUAUAGACUGGUUCUCUAUCUUUCUCUAUUUUGACUUGAAAGAAUCUAAGGCUUGGUAAAAAUUUAUUGUUGAUUUUUUUGUCUGUCUUCUUUCUUACUAUUACUACUACUACUUCUACUCGUCUUUUGUUAUACUUAUGAUAAUGAACUAUCCUCGAGGUCUCAAUGUUGGUCUACAAUUAAAGGGAUAUCCUGGAAUGAAUCACAUUGAGAUGUCUUCAUCGCCUAUGUCAACUGCAGGAGCUCCCUGCUCAACCACAACAACAUCGAUCACCACAUCAUUACCAUCAACCAUUGUCCCUUUGAUGGUCAACCAUCACCACCAUUCCCAUCAACCUUCGACGACUUUACAUCCUGGUCAUCACCAUCUCACCGGAGCUCCUUUGGCUGGAAUUACCAGUCACCACCAUCACCAUCAUCAUCACCAACAACAACAACAGCAUCACCAUCAACAGCAACAGCAACAUCAGCAACCACAACAAUCCCAUCAUCAUCAUCAGCAACACUUUGGUACAACCAUACCAAAUCGAAUUUUUGUUGGAGGACUGUCCUCAGAUACCACUGAAGCUGAGCUUCAAGAGCUAUUCUCAGCCUAUGGCAAUGUAACCGCAGUCAAAAUAAUAAAUGAUAAAACUGGAGUGCCUAAAGGUCUUUAUCGUUAUGGUUUUAUAACCUUUCAAACCGAUGAUGAAGCUCGCCGGGCGCUCAAAGAAUGUGAUAAUCUUCAUUUGAAAGGCAAAAAAUUGAAUGUCGCCAUUGCAAUAAAAAAACAACAAAUUCGUUUAGAUGGGCUUUCUUUGGUAGCCAAUGGCCCUCUUAUGUAUCCAACAGUUGAUGCUUUUCAAUUAGCAGGUAUACCAAAUGAAGCUGGUCAUCCAUAUAGUCUAGGUUGGGAUCCUGCGGCAGCUAUUCAUGGGACACCAUCUCCAGCCAAUUCUCUUUACAAUUACAUUUAUCCGUAUACUAUUUAUUCAGCUCCCCCAUUACCUCUUCUUCAACAUCCCUGUGGUACUUACCAGACUGCAGGGCCACCACAUUUCCCUCCGAUAAGCACUCAUGUUGGUCCACCGCCUGUUUCUGGUCCAGCCCAAGUCCUUGGUCCACCCGGAACAAAUUCAGCAGCAGCAGCUUCCGCUAUGGGUCCUCCAACAUCAUACCAUCCCUCAUCGACAACUUCACCAUACUAUGCCGCGGCUGCUGCUGCCGCACUUGCCGCUGCCAAUAAUGGGUCUCUUCCGUUAUUACCUAUAGCAAAUGCUAAUUCUGUAAAUGCAUUGGGUAACCAAUUAAGGUGGGCUCCAUCGCAUCCACAAGCACUUAAUGGAGUUAUUCCUCUGGUCAACGAUCCAUCGUUAGCUGGAUUAAAUAAAUGACUAUAAAAAACUGCAGGAGGACUAAUAUGACAAGAGAAUCUGACUGCACAAAAAAAAGAGAUAUAAUUUAAAAGAAAUUCCAAUUCAAAUUAUUGCCCAUCUUUUGAUGGAAUGCAACCAAAAAAAAGAGACACGAACACAAAAUGAUUGUCAAUACUGUUCACACUUCCUCUCAUCAUCCUUUAGUGCAUAGCAUUGGACUGAAUACUCCCCUGAGUAAAUGUUUCGGACACAAGGGAGGAAAAAAGAUAUUCGCAAGAAAUGGUUGCUACAUCUCACACAAAAUUCACAUACACACUCUUUCUCUAUCUCUCGAUAUCUCUCACUUCCUUCAUCUCUCUCCCUCUCUCUCACUCUCACUCUUUCUCUCUUCUCUCUCUUCUCUUAUCUUUAUCUUGCAACCUUCUCAACAGUCACCAAUCAAUUCUCAAGUCACUUUAAAAGCAAAAGAAAACAAAUGGAUUUCCAUUGAAUCUAAGUCUCCCUGUAAUCAAAAGCAAGAAAAAAAAACGUUCAUUGGUCUCACUGAAUGUGAUUAAUGCUACUACGGUGCUAUUCUGUGAAUGAAUAACCUAAACCAAAAACAUUACAAACAAUAAUUCAACAAAAAGUCCUAAUUGUGAGACUGAAAUUGAAUAGAAAAUUAAUACAAUUUACUUUGUCAUCAUUUGAACAUACCACUUAAAAAUAAUACAAAACAAAUUCUAAACCAAUGAUCAAAA